AUGCCAACGACUGAAGAAUUGAAGCACAUGGCCUUCGAUGCCGAGAAGGACCUCAAUUCCCACCAAGCCAAGCAGGGCGUCGGCAGAAAGAGUGACUCAACUCUCGAGUCUGGCGUCGACGAGAUGGUCAACCAGCGCUUCUCUCAACCCACAAGUGUCAAAUAUGGCCCUGGCUCAACCGCCUCUGGCAGCGACCACCGUGUGAUCCCCGAAGAUGAGGGUGGCACUCGUGAUGACCGCAAUAGACUUGCCCGUGCAGGACAGUACACAGGGGCUGGUGGCCCUGAAGACGACAUCAAGAUCGAGGCCCAAAACCGUAGUGGGGACCAAGAUGUUCCGGACCUUCAGAACAUGAUGCGUCACGGAAUCACCCGGUAA